AUGCUUUUCGAGGCCUUGCACCGUCUUGGAAGCAAGCCCGAUCGUUUAAUGAUGUAUCCAUCGGAGUUCCUUCGCUCUGAGAGUGAUGAUUCACCCGAGAGUCGUCUGCUUCGUUUUGCCCGGGACAGAUAUGGGGUCAAGCUCAUGCCAGUCGAAGUGCAGAUGAAGGGUGGCAGUGGUGCCCCGUGGUCUGAGAGCUAUACAAAGCUCCUUGCAUUUAACCAAACACAAUAUGAUCGGGUUCUGAAUUUGGAUUCGGAUGCGACUAUUCUGCAGAGCAUGGACGAGCUAUUUCUACUCCCUCGCAGCACAGUCGCCAUGCCCCGAGCCUACUGGAUCAAUCCUGGCCAGACCCUGAGCUCUCAGCUUCUUCUAAUCGAGCCGUCUGAUGUCGAGUUUAUUCGCGUAAUGGAUGCAUUCUCCACCGCUGGACCGGGCGAAUACGACAUGGACAUUGUCAACCACCUGUACGGAGGCGAUGCGCUGGUGAUACCGCACCGUCCCUACAAUCUUUUAACGGGGGAGUUUCGUUCCAAGAACCACGAUGCAUACCUUGGAAAUUCGAAGGAAGACUGGGAUUCGGAGAGGAUGUUUAAAGAGGCCAAGUAUCUGCAUUUUUCGGACUGGCCUCUUCCCAAGGUAUGUCCCAACAUCGAGUUUGCACCUCCAUCCCAUUCAUACUCACUGUGCUCGAUAGCCAUGGAUUACCGCCCUCCCCCAGGUGGUUGA